GGCUUGUUGCUAUGGCAAGACUUCCCUUCCAGGCAGGAAGUGACAGGAUGCCUGUGUGUGUGUAGUGUGCAUCAUGUUUGGGUGGAGCACUUAGUUGUGUCCCCUGACAGUGCGCACAUCGCACAGGAGUUCAGCUUGUAGUCUGGUGACCGGGCCAUCAUGGCGAAGAACUGCAAUGCUCUGGGGUUUCCUAUUGGCGACAUGAGCCAGGCAGUGUCAGAUGGAGAACUGAACAUGUCUGCACGGGGCUGUGGAGGCAGCAGCUCCAGUCUUCCAGGGACUCCGGGCGGAGAGGCCGGCCACACCAACAGUGUGCUGAGCUGGGCCGUGUCGUUUGAGAAGCUGCUGGAGGACCCCUGCGGGGUCCGCUACUUCACGGCCUUCUUGAGGUCGGAGGUGAGUGCAGAGAACAUUUUAUUCUGGCAGGCGUGUGAGAAGAUCAGAAAGAUACCCCCCACCUGCUUGGACGAGCUGAAAGCAGAAGCUCGCUCCAUCUACAACACCUACCUGUCCGACAGCGCUCCCUACUCGGUCAACAUCGACGACACCGCCAAGACAGAGCAGAAAGACUUGGAGAAGCCCACACCUGAUAUGUUUGACAAGGCUCAAGCACAGAUAUUCAAGCUGAUGAAGAUGGACAGCUACAGGCGCUUUGUGCGCUCUCCUCUUUACCAGAGAUGCACCUUGACAAGUGUGGAAGGGAAACUUCUUCCUCAGCACUCUAAUGAGCCGGUUCACAUGGGAUCCUGGGAAGACGUGGUCUCCAGAAGCCCCUCGUUCAGUGACACAAAGAUCAAGAAGUCCGACUCUAACAGCUUGCCAGGUGGAAAGAGUUUCUCAGAGCAACGGCGACAGAAAAGAGGAUCCUGGGGAGAUCCAUCCAACGCCCAGGGUGCAGUCUCCCAGAAGGAGUCCCAUAUGUCGCCCAAAUCGACCAGCAGUGUGGAGCUUGGCUCCCUCUACAGGCAGAUAGAGAACGGCAGAUCAAGUCCCCGUUCUCUAGAUGCGGGAAGUGGAGGUGGGGGUCGGAUUGAGGUGGAAGGGGGCUACUGCUGUGUCUACCUCCCCGAUGGCAGUGCCUCCCUGGCCCCCACACGAAAUGGCCAGCCCAUCAAAGACAUGCUGGCUAGCCUGUGUGAAAAGAGAGGCUUCCCUCUGAAGGACGUGAUCAUUUACCUUCACGGGAAGGACAAGCAGCCCUUAUCGCUGGACCAGGACUGCUCUGUACUGAGAGAUCAGCAGGUCUCUCUCGAGCUCAGGGUGAUGUUUGCACUGGAGAUUGCCUUCACUGGUAAGACAGUAGGGAUCAUGGUGAAGUCUAGUAAGACGCUGCAGGACGCCCUCUCUUUGGUGAUGCAGAAGCACCACCUCAAGCCACAAGAGGCCCUGGUCACCAUGGUUGGAACCGAUGAGCCUGUGAACAUGAGCGGCACCGUGUUCCGGUUGGCCAAUAAGACGCUCCGACUUGACAAACUCAAAGGAAAAGACCAGACGAACAUUUCCAGAGGCAGUGGUUCUGCUGCAGCCACACAGGAAGGAACAGCGAGCGGAGACGUCAUCGCGGAGGCUCGAUCAUUGCAGCGGACAGACAGAGCUAAGUCUCAGCCCAAGCCCAGUAAGAACCGCGACAUGGAUGGGUUUCUGGACAUGCUGACGAGAGCGCAGUGCAGGGUUGACGACCAGCGAGGCCUCCUGACCAAAGAGCAGCUGGAGGUCCCUCUGUUCCUGCAGCGGGCCUCAGACCAGGGGCAGGACACGGAGCCACAGGAGCCCAGAACAACCCGCCCACCCAAAAAGGAAUCGGGGGACAAGAUGUCAAGUCCAGCCGGUGUAGCGGAGAGAACCCCUGAUUCUGCUGAUUCACGAUCCAAAGACUUGAGAGAAACGACUCUCUGAAUGACUCUUCAUGUGUGUGGAAUGGACAAAGAUGGAAAAUAAAGCACUUUAAAAAAAAGAGAAAUGUUUACGAAUAAGCUGAGACAGCAUUGUGCAUCUCUACUACUGAUGACAGGCCCCGUGAGGCGAUUUGAGAAGAAGAAAAGACAUAUUGGCAAGCAUUUAUAGCGUCUCCAGACACUACACAUCCUUGAGGGAUAUGUGUGCUAUGAAUUGUUUAAUGCAUCCAUACAUGUUUGAAAAAAAGGUUUUAGCUCAAACAUUUCACCCUGAAAUCAGCGUGUUGAAAUAGUUUUUCUCUGGUAUUUAAUAUUUCUCUGUGUAGUCAUGCAUUUCUUCAAACUCUAAGCUGAAACAUGUUUCCCCACAGGAACCAGUGAAUGUCCAGGGUCUUUUUUUUUGAAGUGUAUUAUACAAUUGUGUUUUCUUCAUUUCUAUUAAGAUAAUUGAAUAUUUUGUACACUUUUACAGUUUUUACAUAUUUUGAAUUGUUUGUGUGCCUACUUGGAGUUUUGUAAAUGUAUGUUUGCGGCACUUAGAAGCAUUUGGUUUGCUGUGAUGGCACUUAACGAAACCCUGGCCAUGUCCUGUUUUCCUGUCCCUUUAGAUUCUUCUGUACAACAGGGUCCAGAUCUUUCAUUAGUUCAUUAGUUAUGUGGUAUUACAGGGAGCGAAUGAGAUGUUGUGAUCAUCAAAAAUAUCAUAGGGUGUAUCCCAAGAAUUAAAAAUGUUUUAUGAUGA